AUGGCGCUCGACAUGUCGCACGGCCUGGGUGCUCCGGACUAUGUGUCGCCUAACAAUGUGGAAUUCUACAAUCCGUCAUGGUCGUACAAGGCUACAGGGACGUGGUCGCUGGCGAGUAAACGAGGCAACACGCUUUACAUAUCGGGGCUUCGAGGAAUCGACCCGUUAACAAACAAAUUGAUCCCUAUCGAAGGUUUGGAGACUUACAAUGGCCCAUCAACGAAAGACUCUCCUGCAUAUCUGCGGGUUCUCAAAUCCUUCGAGAACAUGCGCAUGAUCGCUGAAUCAGCCGGAGCAACAGUUGGAGAUUGUCUACGCUUGGUAAUUUAUACAACAGACAUGUACCGGUUUCGUCCGCUGGUCAACGAGGCUCAAAAAGAGAUAUGGGGCGAUGUACCGUUUCCGCCUCGGUCGAUCAUUGAAGUCUCUAGGCUUAAUCAGGAUGAUAUUGUGGAGGUUGAAAACGAGAAUGGAGAGAUUACAGAUCCCCCGACCGCAGUGACGGCCAACCCCGCCAUAUCAAAUGACUCGCUUCAAUCGCCCUUCGAGUCGGCUGGCUUCGAUCAAACGGGCCUCUUUUGCGGCAAAUGCGUUCGGAAUCAACAUCUGCUGAUGAAAGCGCUUAGCUCUUAUCUUCCGGACACCGAUGAUCCUACCUACCCGAUCUACGAGCAACAAUAUCCCCAAUAUCGCCGGAAAAUGGAAGAGACCUAUCCGCAAGUAUGUGAAAACUGCGAACAGAAAGUGAACAAUCGCAUUCGGCAGACGGGCUAUGAGGCAAAGGCCGACCACCUGAGGAGGACCAUGGAACGCAGCAAAAUGAGUCGCGCGGCACAGAAGGCGCGAAGGCGAAAUUGGAGAAGUAUUCUCGUUGUGGCGGGUGCGUCGGGAUAUUGGUCGAGUGUUGCUGGUCAAUUGGUGUCGGACCUGAUUGGGACGGGCGAUCUGUUGAAUGAACUUAUUGGACAAUAUUGGAUAUUACCAUCGACCUACUUUCCAGUCGUGAAUGAACUGGCGUCAUAUGUUGGCUAUUCUUCUCAGGACCUUGCCAGCAUUUCGUUGAUUAUAGGCGCGCUUUCGAUAUGGUGGAACCCCAAGAUUCAUCACAAAGUGGAGGGGCUGAGCGGUCGCAUAUUAGGGCUGAACCAGUACUAUGAGUGCCAAUUGAUUGUGAUGGUGGCCAGAUUCGCAGUGUGGGCGUGGUUGAAGGAUACAAGUCGCAUGGAGCCUUCUCUUCCUACCGCGGUGCACGCCGUUAUGAUACUAUUCAUGGGUGUAGCGACUAUCUUCUCCCAGCGAUUAGUCCAUUACGACACGCGACCCCUUGUUUUGUGGUCAAAUCUCACUCCUGUUACAUCUCCGCGACAGCAAAAAAAUGUACCCCAGUCGGCACCGAUGACCAAGCAGCAAGGAGCUCCGUUUCAACAAGACAUGUUUCAACACUUCCCUCUAGAAAAGCUGAGCAUGCCACGAGAGAGCCCCAGAUCCAACGUACGAUUGGCUACACCCCCUUUAGAACCCGAUGACUCUAUGGAUUGGACACCAUCAGUAGCCAAAGAAAUCCGGCCUAUGUUUGUUACCUCAAAGCCGGAGGUGGCACCCGAGGCCGCUUCGCACAAGUCAUUAUUCCAAGGUGCUCUUCCUGCAGCGCCACGACCUCCUGCAUGGCAGCUCCGAAACCCUAUAGCUCAGAAAGCUUCAUCGGCAGUCCCGGUGAACAACAUCUUCCAGACAUCUCGAACAACUACCCUUCAAAAUCCCGUAUUUAACGAGCAAAAUGAUACUCUACGCACACCUGAUGCGUUCUUUGCGCCUCCAAAGUUCUUCGCCCCAUCAGAUUACCAUGCCACGACUGGUUUGGAAAAUCUGUUCGAUCAAACAUUUACAAUCAAGUCUCCCGAGGACGAUACAGAUGAGAAUGCCGCAUUGCAGUCGAAGGUCAAGGAGAUUCGCAAGAACAUACGCAAGGAACAUGCGCAGUCAGCCUUGCUAUAUUCCUCAAUCCGACUACUGCUUCUUUUUAUGAGCAUACUUGCCUGGUCGAUUGAUUGGCUGAAGCUUGUUCCCAUCCCCCACGACGCUGUCUUGAUGGGCACUUUGAUCAUGAACAUUCUAUUUACAGGUUUCGGACUAUUGGCAUCGCUUAAUCAACCGGUUAUAGUCGUUCAGAGAGUCAUUUACUCCUUGAUUAAGUUUGUGGCGACUAUCGUUCUGGCUCUCUGCCUGAGUUACAACUUUUCCAGUACUUUCCAUCAAGGGGGUCAUUUAGAAACAUGCGUCAAGUCUCUAACAGCUCUGUUGGCUAUCGAAGAAUUGUUGGUACUGUUUUCAGCCAUGCCAAAGAGCCGAACUCAGAAAGGGAUGGCCAGGAAAGAAUCAGAGGCUGUCACUCAUCCUUUGACGCAGCAAACGACUGAGACUCAAUUUAUUCCCCCAGUUCAUUACUCAUCUCCUCCGCCAACUUCACCCACACUAUCAUACAUAUCCAACCAGCCGACGAGCGUAUACUCACAGACUUCUUCUUUCUCGCAAUCCCAGCCUUACAAUUACGGCCUCUACCAGAGGGACAUGCGUCGCAAUCAGUUCCUCGAUGAUGGCUCGGACGCCUCUGAGAUGUCAGGAGGAGACUCUGAUGCCGAAACGACCAUCAGCUCGUACACCAACAAAGACAUCCGAAAUAUGAACCCAUUCAACAAUAACGACAGAGAUUACCGGGUUCCACGAGCAGGUCUAGGCUCUGGGCUGCAGGGGUUGAGCCUUGAUGACAGCCCCGUCUCGAAACGGGUACAAUGCGUGUACGAGGGAGAUUUUCAUCUUCAACGGGAGGGUCAGACGGCUAGUUAUAUCCAUGAACUAGAAACCAAGAUUGAAGAACUGAAUGAACGGCUACGUGAAGUAACGCUCUCCAGUCAAUCUCUCAACAAGCCUUCCACAAGUGCAGCGGCAUGGACUACUCCAGCUACAGCGGCGACCCCAGGCCGCUCAAUUCUGAAUCAAGAGCUGUCUCCCGAGUCUAUCAUCGGCGAAAAUGAGACCCCGUCUUCGGAUGCGUUGGAAGAGGAGAUUCGUGAAGUCAAUCGACAUACUAAUGCGAUUGAGUUUCAUGGAAAUACUUCCUCUGCGGCCGCACUGGGUCAUUUGCAACGUGCGCGGGAGCCGGUAAAACAGCAUAAGGUGACGCCCAAUAGGUAUAUGCAUGCUUUUGCCGAUCAUCCUCCUGCUUCCAUAACUGGCCACGGUCAUGCUGGUAAUGGCAAACCCAAAUCAUCGCUCAUAUCAACCCUGCACAACCCCAACUUCUACACUUCCCAACUCCAAACACCCCUCCACGACGGCGACAAAUACCUCGCCGACUAUACCCAGGGAGAAAACACAUCGGACAACAGAUUCUACUUCGAGUACGCCCACGUCUUCAUGGAAGGAUACUUUGAAAACCUGCACUUCAUCCACCCCAUAAUCGAUAAGGAGAACUUUGUGCUGCGGGCACAUAACCUCUGGUUUGGCAGAAAUCCGCAAACGGACAGCAGCUUUAUAGCGUUGUAUUUGAGUCUUUUGUCUCUUGGAGCGCUGAUUAGGGCUUGGGAUCAGCCGACGCUAGGUGGGUUGACGAGGUUUGAGUGGAGUCGGAAAUUGUUUGCGGAGGCGCAGGGAUACUUGAAUACGUGGUGUUUCACGAACAAUUUGGAAAUUGUGCAGGCUUUGUAUCUUAUGGCGAAGAUUUGUCAGAAUGAACUGGCGCCUCACUUGGCGUAUAUGUACCUAGGUCUAGCUAUACGAACAUGCCUUGCUGCAGGCUAUAACCGCGAAACACCGGACGUCAAGACUGACCAGCACGACUGGAUAUCCAGGACUUGGUGCAGAGAACUAUCCUUCUCCCUCGGCCGCCCCGACACUUUGGGUAUGGACGAAUACCACAACCGCUGCCAACCUAACCGCGACGAGCACUCCGAAUACACCAUCAUCCCCAUAAUGGUUGACCUAGCACACAUAACCCGGCGCGUGUCGGUCGACAUUUACCACUCCCGAAUCUCGCUUCAGCAGCGAAUGAAACACUCAUUAGAAAUCGAACAGAAGCUCAAUAAUUGGCUUGAUGCACUGCCCAAAAUUCUGCAACCUGAUUUUGGGCAGUCGGGUGGAAAGGCGGAUGCACCAUCUUCGAUAUCGGUCCUGAGGGAUCCGAAGUGGUCGAGGAGGCAGCGACUUGUGCUGGGGAUACGCUACCACAACGUUGAGAUGUUCAUCUUCCGCCCCUUCCUGGCCUACUUAACCCUCACCCCGCGGGGCGAAGGAGGCAAAAACCGAGCGCCGGAGGCCCAACGAGUUCUCGAAAUGGCAGCUAAGAAAUGUCUUGAUUCGGCCCGGAAGACAGUUGAUAUUAUUUACGAGACGUUUCGGCAGUAUUCGUUUUUUCGAUGUUGGUGGUAUAAUACGACGUACAUCAUGUUCGCAGUUACAAAUAUACUGCUCCCGCUGUCACGAAAAUCGUUAACCUUCCUCAACCUAAUGGAGACGAACCUGCUGAUUGAGAGCGUGAAUAAAUCCAUCGAAAUACUAGAAGCUAUGGAUGAAUCCGUCGUUGCGCAAGAGUCUGUCGAGAUCGUCAAGAAUCAUCUCAGGGACUACGGUGCGGAAAUGAACCACGAUACAAAUCAUGGAUCUAGUCAUAGCAAUGACACACUCAAUGGCAUGAGUCAGGAGCCGGGUCUUGUUGAUAUGCGUUCUGGAACGAGUCAUAGUGCUACGUUGCAUCAUGAUACGUUGGAUGAUCCUGCUAGUAUGCUUAAUUUGGGUGAUAUGCCCUUUGAUGAGUUUUUGCCAGACUUAACACUCUCAAUGGGAUCAUCGGAUUACCCAUUUGAGAGUAUAGCGGGCUUAUUUGGAGAUAUCACAGGGCCCCCUAUACUCGAAUAA